AUGAACUGCUGUUGGGAGGUCCCUGUACCCAGGUCCGCCGAGCGCCUGGUGAGACGCUCCCCGUGCUGCCCUCUAGUGGGGGCUGGUGGGCUAACGGCGCUGGAGGCGGCCAAAGGAAGCACGGCGAUCCCACUCCAGGGAGGGGCUGGCGCUCGCCCCGGGGUGCGUUUCCUUCCUGUGAAAGGGCGGGGCGGGGCCUUGCGUGGCGCUUCCCGGUCCGCCACGGCGCAGGCCCGGGUGCGUGCGCAGCCCGCGGGGCGGGGCCGUGUCGAUGGGGCCUGCUCUCGGGUGUUUCCUCCCGGCGGCCGAGACCUAACCAAUGAGGCCUGUCCUGUUUGCGUGGCCGGCGCCCGGCUCAGCAGAGACCAGUCUUUUCCGAGACAGAAUGAGGAGACCCCUGGAGCCCGAGUCCCAGCAAGGCCCGAACCGAGCCAAUUUCUCCACCUAACACCCCGAGAGCUCUCCUGGUCCUGGCUGUUCAGACCCAAGACGAAUUUACCCCUGCUUUUUAUGGGGGGCAGUUCCACCCCACUUGAGAAUGGCCAAACUGACUGGGGACAAUCCUCUGGCUUCAGGAGGGGAGAUGGACGGGCUUCUGAACAGUACAGUCUCAGCAGCAGGAGAGCGCGCCAUGACAGGCAGGUGCUCCUUCCUUCCGGUGGCUUUCAUCUCUUAGUUGGAAUUGCUGUAGGUGAGAGAGCAGCACAGCGUGCUCUAGGUCACUCUCAGCAGGGACUAGGCUGGAACCCAAUCUUUAGCUCUAAGUUGGGUCUGUCUACCUGCUCCUAAGGCCCCAGUAGGUGCAGGCUCGGGAAGGAGAGAGGAAGGGAGAGGGUGCUGGGGCUCCAGCGACCCUGUGGCUGGAACAAAGAGGCCAAGGACACCCCUCCUGGCUGGAGCCAUGCUUGCCACUCCUCCCAUACCACCGGAAUUGCAGAGGAAGGCCCAAGGGCGAUGCUGAUAUGGGCCCCGGGGCCAGUGGCUCUGGUGACGCAGGUGCCGGCUGGACUAAAUGGUGAUGCUGGUGUUUCUCCUUCCUGGCAGCAUGGUAUCCUGGGGCAAGUCAUAUGCUCUCCUCCCUGGCCAUUUAGUCUCUUCCUUUUCAAAAAAUAGGUUUUACUGAUUUUUUUCUUGUUUCAAAAGCACUAUGUGUUUAUUGUGGUGAAUUUAAUAAAUGCUGGAUACACAAAAAGAAAAGAAAUCCCCAGUAAUUCCUCCAUCGGGAGACACCUGUUUUUAACAUUUGGUCUCUCUCCUAUGCAAUAUAUAUUUUUUCAUAUACAAAAAUAAUCAUGUUGUUAAUAUUUUGUAACAUUUUCCCCACUUAGCAUCAUUUGAUGAUUGCCUUUCCCUACCAUUCCAUAUCCUGCCAUAGUCCCGCAGACUCCACGGUGGGGCUGCAUCAAAACGUAUGUCUUUCCCCACUGUUCAGGAAUCACUUAGGGAGAGUUUGCGUCAGGCCCAGCCCUAAGCCCCAUGGGACAGAUGUCAAGACCCCUGCCUUUCUGGCAUUUACAUUUGAGUAGGAGGACAACAUACAUGUGACAAAUAAUAUUUCAAACAAGAAAAUGAGAAAAAGAAGACUAGGAGAUGGGUGGCAUGAGCGGGUGAUGCAGCCAUGAGUGGAACCUAUCUUGGAAUACAGGUCUGGGCCAGGAGCAGCUGAUAGAGCACCCGGCCUAGGGGAAUCCAUGGAGAGCAGAGAAGCCCAUGGCCACCCUGAGGGCAGGGCUUGCUGUGUCCCCCAGUGCUGUGGUCUGUUGGAGGCUUUGAGGCAGGCCGGAUUGUGCUUGGAUGCCCAAGUUGGGCUCCAGAUGUCCAUGCUACCCUGUAGGUGAGUUUUGUGAGGACCACUGUCAUUAUUCCUGGUUAGCAUUUCACCAGAAGGAUCUCCUAGUGGGGAAGGGUGAGGGAAGGGAGUCUUGUGGUGCUGGUGCCAAUUUAGCCCCGAAACGCUGCUUGGUAUAUGGGGUCCAGGAGCUGUUUAUACCAGCCUGGCUGCUGGGCACAGUCAAGGCACUGGUGUUUGCUAAUUUGACAGGUUAAAAAAUCGGUUGUGGCCGGGCGCGGUGGCUCACGCCUGUAAUCGCAGCACUUUGGGAGGCCGAGGCGAGUGGAUCACGAGGUCAAGAGAUCGAGACCAUCCUGGUCAACACAGUGAAACCCCAUCUCUACUGAAAAUACAAAAAAUUAGCUGGGCACAGUGGCGCGUGCCUGUAGUCCCAGCUGCUCAGGAGGCUGAGGCAGGAGAAUUGCCUGAGCCCAAGAGGUGGAGGUUGCAGUGAGCCGAGGUCGCGCCAUUGCACUCCAGCCUGGGUAACAAGAGCGAAACUCCGUCUCAAAAAAAAAAAAAAAAAUCGGUUGUGUGACUUUGAUUUCUAGUGAGGGUGAACACUUUACCUCUUACAUUUAAUUUUCCCAUAGCCUUCAUUUGUCAAUUGACAGGGCACUUCUAAUGUCUUUCUUGGCUGUUUCAUGAUCUCCCAAACAAUCAGGCCAAAGGCAAGAAUUUGAAGAAAUAAUUCACUGGCUGGGCACGGUGGCUCACACCUGUAAUCCCAGCACUUUGGGAGGCCAAGGCAGGCGGAUCACCUGAGGUCGGGAGUUCGAGACCAACCUGACCAAUAUAGAGAAACCCUGUCUCUACUAAAAAUACAAAAAAUUAUCUGGGCCUGGUGGUGUAUGCCUGUAAUCCCAGCUGCUCGGGAGGCUGAGGCAAGAGAAUCACUUGAACCCAGGAGGUGGAGGUUGCCGUGAGCUAACAUCGUGCCAUUGCACUCCAGCCUGGGCAACAAGGGCGAAACUCCGUUUCAAAAAAAAAAAGAAAUAAUUUACUUUAUCUUCCUCUAUAUCAUCACCAACAAGGACCAAGGUAGUGCUAGGCUGCUCUGCCUCCCAGGACACCCCCUCCUUGCCCUGCAUUCCUUCUGCCUGCUCAGAGGGAGCCCAACUCUGCACUGCAUGGGGCAGACAGCAUAAUGCCAGGUAUUUUAUGUUGGAUACUAACCUUAGGGGUGACUCAUCACUCUCUCAAUUUUAUUCUACUUUCAGUCCUGAGAAUGCACUAAUUUCUUGUUAGCCCCAACUCCAUACCCCUACUCACUCACUAUACAUUGGACAAAAGUCCUUUGCUACUUAGCUCCCCAUGCUAUGGAGUAGACGGUUCAAAGGCCUUUUUGCCAAGAGCCUGCUGCUGGCCACCCUGCCAGCCCUGCCCUCAUCCUCCCCACCUUGGUCCCCAAGCUAUCUGCUACUCCUCCCUGUACCCCAGGGAAGCCUCCAGUCCUGGCGCUAACAGCUCAGGCUAAGUUGACCCAAAGACCUGCAGAUGGUACAAAACAGGCUUUUCAUUAAGAUGCUUUGCCCUAUGCUGAACUGGCUGUGGGACUUCACCAGAGUUUGGAAAGGACAGCCAUGUGAAAACACACACAAGAAAAAAUAAAGUGAAAAUACAACAGCAGUGGUAGUAAGUUCUAUGAAGGACAAAUGCAGAGGAAAUGAGGAAUUUA